AUGCUGAAGAGAAAGUCGCGUCUGAGCGGAUUAGCGCGAGGCAGGGGGGGCCGAGUGGCCACCGAGCACGUCCUCGUGAAAGAUGAGGAGCCGAGUGGGUUUGUCGAAUUGUCCGAUCCGCGCCAGGUGGUGGGCGAGAUCGAGGCGCGCCACUCCGACGAGCAGAAUAAAAAGAAGCACAAAGUCAGCGAAAAAAGUCGUGCUCGGGCUCUGCAUCGAGAAGCCGAUCAACUUUAUAGCAAGGGAGAUUACGAGUCGGCCCUCGUACUCUAUCAUCGAGCCGCGGGUCUCUGUCCGCGGGACACCGAGCACAAGGCAGCGAUUCAGCGUACCGAGGCCUCCAUCAAGAUUGCGGCUCGAUUGAACAGAAAAAUUCCGCGCUCGAUCAAGGAUUCGAGAUUCUCUGGGCAACGAGCAGCGGCCCUAUUGUGUCCCGAAGCCACGGCCAAGAGAGCUAGAAGCAUUGUCAGGCAGGCCGACGACCCCAUCCAAGAAAUCCCAAAGAUACUCGAGUUCUUGGACUCGCAAGAGAACUAUUGGCCCGCAGGCGACUCGACUGGCCGAGCGUCGCCGCGUCCGAUCCGCUCGAAGUCGAUGCUCCGACAGCUGGACAAGUGCGUGAAAUCCACCUGCCGAGAUCUGGAGGCAGCCUGCGAGGCCGGAGACUCGGCUGGCGUGCGCGACCUCGGCGACGAGCUCAUCAAUCUGCUCUCGCUGAACGAGAAACCCUCGGCCCUCGCCGAUCGAUUCGGCGCCUUCGAUCUUCUCAUCGACAAGCAGCUCGAACUGAAGAGACACGACCGCGCCGUCGACCUGUCCGCGAAGAUGCUGUUCGCCGCGAGGACCCGCAACGACCACGAGGCCUUGAUCAAGGCGCUCAGGGCCAUCGGACGAAUCCAUCUGAGAUUUGGCCAUUUGGACGCGUUGCUGAGGCUCUGGCUGAAGCUCGCCCCGGAUCUCCAAUCGGAGUCGAUAGGAUCGGUCUGGCUGUAUCACGACAUCGGCAAAUGUCAAUUCGAGCUGGGCCGUUACGAGGAGGCGCUCGACGCCGCCGAGACUUGUCACGAGCAGGCCGCGAGUAAAAAAAACGACAAAUGGCAAUUGCGCGCCAAACUGCUCAAAGGCCAGUGCCUGCUCAAACUCAACGAACUGGUCGAGGCCGUGGACACGCUCAAGAGCGCGGCUAAACUCGCCGAUCGGCUCGACGACCAGGCCACGCUCGACUACGUGCAGCAGCUCAUCGACAGAGUGGCCAAAACGCUGAGGACGAUGAACGAGCGAAGGAGGGCUAGAUUAGCGCCGGAUGUUGCUGCCCAAGACGCCGUCAAAAUUCAGCCAAGCGACGUUAUUACCUAUCAAAGUCACGGCCAGCAAGAGGAGGAGGAGGAGGAGGAGGAGGAGGAGGAGGGCUCGCUGCCACCGAUCGACCCGUACAUCAGAGUGACUAAGCCCCCAGUCACCGAGGAUAAGAGUAAAAAGAACGCCGAGUCGUGCUCGGAUUCCGAGGACGAUAUAAAAGUCAUGAAAUUGCUCGAGAAAGCCCGGGCUCUGAGUCAAAGUGUUACGCCGAUUUUAUUGGCCAAGCCGAAAAUUAUCCUCGACGAAGCCAAGUUCGAGGCUCUAAAGAUCGCGGAGAUUACCGACGAUCAACCGCAGCAUGUAAAAUCUCCUCAAGAGCCACGGCAAGUUGCUGCGAGUGCGACAAGUCGAAUCGAGGAAAACGCUUCGCUUUCUUCGUCUCUCCAGGGGAAGCAAGGCAGGCAGGCAGGCAUGAGGCAGGAGCGCGGCGCAAGAGAGACAAACAAGAUUACAGGGGACGUUGGCAUGGAAAUUGGAUUCCACUGCAAACUGAUCGUCCUCCUACUCUCCUCCAUCGUCGUCGUCGUCGUCCUCAACGGUCUCAUCCUCGUCGUACCCGCACUGGCCUUUGGAAAAGAGAAAUUGCAAUAUGUCCAAGAGUCGAAUAUUCGAUGA